AUGGAAGAAGGUCCUCGUCGAAAUGGAACUGAUAUGGAGAACCGACAGGAAAUGCCGGAAGAAGGACAGGAUCGCCCUAGAGAGAUGGAAUCGGAAAUUCUACCAGGAAAGGAAGGUGGAAAUCCAUCGGAAGAGGCAACUUCGGUGACAAGUGGAGGAAUCGUCUUUGGAGGAGUGUUUGCAACUAUCACUGCACUUUCUUACUUGUUUUAA